UUAUUCCGUGUGUUUUCCCAUCUCUAACGCGUUGUAGUAAAGGAAAAAGAGUGGGAAACCAAAAAUUGAUAUUUUUCUGAAAGUCUUUCAAAGUUACGCUUUAAACUAGAAGCAAUCAUGUCCACGGAGGACUUUUACCUACGCUACUACGUCGGACACAAGGGCAAGUUCGGGCACGAAUUCUUGGAGUUCGAGUUCCGGCCGGAUGGCAAGCUGCGGUACGCCAACAACUCCAACUACAAGAACGACACCAUGAUCCGCAAGGAGGCCUUCGUCCACCAGUCCGUGAUGGAAGAACUGAAGCGAAUCAUCAUCGACUCGGAGAUCAUGCAGGAGGACGAUCUGCCCUGGCCGCCACCAGAUCGCGUGGGUCGACAGGAACUGGAGAUCGUCAUCGGAGACGAGCACAUCUCGUUCACCACCUCGAAAACGGGAUCAUUGGUGGACGUGAACCGGUCAAAAGAUCCCGAGGGCCUGCGAUGCUUUUACUACCUGGUGCAGGAUCUCAAGUGCCUGGUCUUCUCACUCAUCGGCCUGCAUUUCAAGAUCAAGCCCAUAUAAGCCGUAGCCACCACCUCAAGCAUAGCCUAUUUAUCGGACGGACACAUCGUAUUUUAUAAUGGAACUUCUACGAUACUUGUAAUUGUAUAAGCUAUACCUUUGUACUUUUUGGUACAGUUUGCAGUGAAUAAAAAAGGAUUGGAAGAUACUUUGUUUUCAAAGUCUUGUGUACAGUCUAGAUUGUGCUAUAGAAGUAAAUAGCAAAUCUUCGAUGUAGUAGCAGACAACAAGUUUAACAAUAAUAGCAAACACAAUAGUAAACCAUUUAACUUUUGAUGUUAUAAUGUGUAGGUAUAUUUGAAAAAUACAAUUUAAUAUCUAUUGUGUUUGAAUAAUAUACAUACUCGAGAUAAAAAUUUAAAGUCCUUUACAUUUGUACAAUUCGUAUAUGUCUAAAACAGCUUAAGCUAAGUGAUUAAUAUCUCACAAACUGGCAAAUUGUCUUAACGUUUAAGUACAAGCAGUAACUUAGCCUAAGAUAAUGAUCGGUAUCUUAAGAAACUGGAAUAAAAUACGCACUCACAUACGGUUUUGAGACUUGC